CGUGCAGUCCGUGCGGUGGGCAGGGCGCAGCCUCUGUAGUCGUCGUCGCCGUGGGGCACACAGCUUGGGGCACGUUGCACGCAGUGGUCACGUGGGUGUGGAGGCGAUACACACCACGGGUUCUCUCUCUCAGACCAUCCGGAUCCUCGGCCCAUGCGGUGAAUAGGAUACUCGCCAUCGGGUGGAGACUUCCUUCAGCUCGCUGCUAGGUCGGCGCAGUUUCAAGCUGCGAAAUGCGGAUUUGCAGGCGGAGAUCACAUCAGCUUGUGUUGGUUGCUGUAAUGAUCAUCGUCGUCGUCUUUGUGUCUAAUAACGUCGAUUACAGUCAGUCAGUCAGAUAUGUGGAGAAAUUCCUUAUCAACUCUGAAGGCAACAAUAAAUCAGCCAACGUCAUCAACAGCUCAGAAAGUUCCGACAUCUUUCGAGAAACAGUCGACGAGUCCGUUGCUGAUAAACUCAAGCAACGUGUCCGAGUGUUAAUAUGGGUCAUGACGUCACCAAAGACUGUGGAGAAGGCACGUGCCGUGAAGAACACCUGGGGAAGCAGGUGCGACCUGCUGCUCUUCUUCAGUUCUGAGAACAACACUGAAAUUCCCAUCAUAGAGUUGGACGUUGAAGAAGGGAGAGAGCAUUUGUUCGAGAAGACAACUCAGGCGUUUGACUAUAUUUACGAGAACUAUUUCGAUAUGGCGGACUGGUUCAUGAAGGUUGACGACGACACAUUUGUGGUGAUGGAAAAUUUACGUCACUUCCUGUAUGACAAGAAUGCAAGCGAGCCUGUAUUUACUGGUCGCCAUUUUCACGAACCUCGACUUAAUAUAAGUUUUGAGAGCGGCGGUGCCGGGUAUGUGCUGAGCAAAGAAGCUCUCAGACGCUUCGGCACCCGAGAGAGCAGCCCACCCUUCUGCACCAACGAGACGAUCUACGAGGACGUGGAGAUGGCGAGGUGCCUGCAGCGGCUGGGUGUCAGCAUCCUGAACUCCACCGACAACAAGCUGCGCAGCCACUUCCACCCGUAUGACGCAGAGAGUCACGUGAUCAAGGGCCUGCCUGUGGACUACAUUCUGUACGACGCCAACUCCUACAAAGUGGGCAUGGACGCCAUUAACGAGCACGCCAUCACGUUCCACUACAUCUCACCUCAGCAGAUGCACUUACUCUACUACUACACCUACCACUUCCGGCCUUUUGGAAUCUCCUAUACGUACAGCUAGUUCACAGACUCAAAGACACUGGUGUUCUUUCUCAGAUUAAAAUCCGUCUAUAUCUGGUUUGAACAUGUCUACCACAUUCUCAAACCAGACAGACUGUGAUAGUCUCCCCGGUGACAAAGGAAGAAACUUAUUUUAUCAGACCAUCUACCGCUGUUAUCUACGGACCAGUGUUUAUGUGGUCUACAGAAAAGUAAACCUGGCUUGUCUACAGCAGGUCAAAGUGGCAGCUCUCUUUUCUGUUAUAGUUUUCUUCUAUUAUUAUUAUCAUCAUCAUCAUUAUUAAUGUCAAUUUUUAGUGAUAUUUAUUCCUGUCUGUGGUCGCGUGAUCAGUGUGUGAAAUAUUUGAAAGAAGCGGAAGAAAAGGCAAUGGAAAUUAUUUAUCGAUACUUUAAAACUUUCUAUAAAAUCUCACAAUUUAUCUUACAAUUGUGUCAGAUUUGUGUGUGUAUAUAGACAGAUGCAAUAAUUGUAUUUUAUAAACGUGUUUUAACAGCACGGAAAACGACUUUAAUGAAGUGUGUGAGAAGCAAGCGUGGAAAGGAGUGUUUUCAUCAGACAAGUUUUAUUGCAGUCGUAAAGAAAAUUGAUGUUUGUGUGUUGUUGAGUGACUAAAUAUACUAAAGA